AUGCCACAAUCAUUUACAUCCAUUGUGAAAAUUGGUGAUUACAUUUUAAAGUCACCUCUCCUAUCUAAACUAUGUGUCCCUGUAGCCAGCCAAUUUGUGAACUUUUCAGGCUACAAGAAACUAGGGCUCAGAUAUGAUGACUUAAUCGCAGAGGAAAAUCCUAUUAUGCAAACUGCCCUAAGAAGGUUGCCUGAAGACGAAUCAUAUGCCAGGUCGUACAGAAUAAUCAGAGCUCAUCAAACCGAGUUGACCCAUCAUUUGCUACCAAGAAACGAGUGGAUCAAGGCUCAAGAAGACGUUCCUUACUUAUUGCCUUAUAUACUAGAGGCAGAGGCUGCGGCGAAGGAAAAGGACGAAUUGGAUAACAUAGAGAUCUCUAAAUAA